AUGUGGGUGCUUUCUUCCCUCCCACCAGCGCUCCACUUUGUCCCUUCCUAUGCAGGACCAUCCCUGGCCAUGCCUGUCACCAUGUCACCCUAUCUCUGCCCCUCCACUCCUCCUGCCUACUUCCCUCCCACUCUGACUGGGAAUACAAAAUUUAUCACUAAGAUGUAAAUGACUGAAAAUCUUCAUGGAGAAUAUCCACUUUUGAAAAGAAGGCAUCACUCUGCUCCCCAGCCAUGGCCCGCAUCGUUGACCUGGUGCCCUGGGACGAUGGCUGCACCCAUGUGUACACGGCCCCUGUCAUCCCACUCCCCAUGGAGCGCCGCCAGCUCAACAAGCUGCCUGGGGUGAAGCAGCAGCUGUACAACCCGGCCCUGCCCAGCCUGCGCCGCAUGGACAUGGACUCCAUCAAAGGCUGCCUUGCCGACGAGCACAGCCAGUCCACUACUUGCUGCAGCAAAGAAGAGUUUGACAAUGCCCAAUUCACACUCCUUGGCGUCCCCAACAAGCCCCUGCAGUGUUUGGACAUCACGACGACCGGCCGGAGCCUGCGCAGCAAGUACUGCGAGGGGAAGCUGGCUCCCAUCGCGCCGGGAAUCAACCGAGUCGACUGGCCCUCCUUCACGCAUGCCAUAGAUGACUGGUCCCGCUUCAUCUCCUCUGCGGGCGAGUUCAAGCUGCCCUGCGCCUGCAACCGAGUGGAGGGCUUCAGCGGCUACGCGGUGCGGUACUUGAAGCCGGAGGUCACCCAGACCUGGCGGUUCUGUCUCAACCAGAACCCCAGCCUGGACCGCUACGGACAAAAGCCCCUACCUUUUGAGUCUCUGAACACUUUCCGACGCUUCGGCUCACUCUACAGCCGUGUCAACUAUCUGAGCCCCUGGCGCUAAUGUAUAAAAAAGAGCUCAAGCUCCAGGCUGCUGGGCUGUGCCACCUUGGGUACCCCAGCAGAACAGAAGAUGUAUUGUGGUAUCUUCUAUCCCCUUAAGUGUCCAAACUAACUAGCAAUAAAUCUAAUAUUCUCUCAA